AUGAAAGUCCUUUUCACUUUUAUCUUUUCGUUGACCUACCAGCUUCUGCCUUUCGUGGUGCCAGUCUAUUCAAAGACUAGCGACCGCCAGGCAGCUAUUGAUACCCUUAGGGAUGCACUGGCAGAUAACAUCAUCGACACCGUUGUAACCAUCAGAGGCGGUAGCAAUCUCAACCCACUUGAGUGGUGGCUUCACGUUCGAUGCGACGAUCCUGACGGCAAAUGCCCUUUUAACUCAGGCAGCGGUACUCAUCUCUACCAGGUUGUGAAGGACAACAGUAAUAAAGAGUUGCCUAUUGAGCAUCGUGCGAAUCUCAACAACUAUUACAAGAACAAAGGUCGCAUUUGGUUCCACGAGUUAUUACAUAUCGACUGGGCCUCUGGAGUGGACUCGCCUUACCAUAUCACUGAUCUUAUCUGUAUGCUAACUGAUCAAGAUGGUGAACCUUUUAACCUGCCCAUUUAUGGUCCGCAGCUGACUAAAAGCCUGGCCAAGUUCAAACUUGGUGCAGCUUGGUGGCUGAAGAGAAAUGCAGAUAACUUUGCCAUGUAUGUUAUAGCCAAGACUGUACAAAAGGCUACUGGCAACUACCCCCAUCUUCCACUGGCAGUGACACUCCAGGGAGUACAGGACAAUCCCGAUAUUUUCAUGACGAGCAACAUCAUCAUCGAUCGAGAGGGACGGACAACCAUAGUCGGCCCCAAUGAUCAAGGUGAAUGCCAGGCCCCCGACGACGAAGAUGGCCCAGGGGAUAAGGAAAACGUCGUCCCUUUUGAUUCUAGCACGUGGUUCAUGGACGAGAGCUACUACCCCGAGGACUAUAACCGUCAAGUGAGGGGCUGGUUGGCCGAUGCCAAUCCACGCCACAACCGUGUUCGCAUCGUGCUGAUGCAAACAGCGGCGGGUCCUCAAUGGAUAGUAGUCGACGACACGCCUGAAGAUCCGAUCAAGGACUUUUGUCUUGCAGAAAUUCUAUCAAGGGUUCCCGCAAAAGGAGAUGAAAACAACCUGGAGUUUCCAACCGAGCUUCCUGCAUUCGAGGCCCAUGGAGCCAAAGGGUCCUUCGGACAUUCGAUGCUGGGAGGACCCUGA